GCGGUGCGCGAGCCAUGGCCGCCGAGCAAGCGGCGGUCAGCGGCGACGCUUCGUUCAGGAGACGUCCUCAUGGUGAGUUCGCCCAGGACCGGCCAGUGGCAGCACAGGCGGCCGGCUCCUGAAAGGUGCCGGCUGCGGCCGCAUCUGGCCGCAUGGACGACGCCGAGUCAGCCGAGCAGCAGCCUUCGCUGCAGGAGCGCGCUCUGGGCGGCUUCUGCAGUCGCUUCUGCCGGGGCCUCUACCUACUCUUCAUGCUGGCGCUGUUCGGUGCCGCCGUGGCCGUGCUCGUGCUCUGGGCGCCGCCUACACCGACGCAGGUCUUCCUGGGUGCCGUGUUGUUCGCCCUGGGCGGCUGUUGCGGCCUGGUCUUCGUCAGCUGGGACAGCGUGGUGCGCUCGACGCGCCUCGGCUGCUGUUGCAUCUAUGCGACGUCAGUGGUGUUCUGCGCCGGCCUUCUGGGCGCCGGCUCCCUGCUGGCCGAGCGGACGCCACGCUACGUGCGCGAGGAUGGCCUCAUUCUUCUUGGCCUCGGCCUGCUCGGUCUGCUCUUCGUGGCGCUGUACGCACUGGCCGGCCGCCGAGCCGCUGAGCGCUCGCGUCAAGAAAGCGGAUCCUUCCUGGGGCAACUGACGUCGCGCUCGCGACUUAGUUCCAGCUCGGCGGCCGUCGAGCUGUGCAAGGCACUUUUCACAGAAAACCGCGCAUUUGCGCCUCAGCGCCUGCAAGAGGAUGAGGCCGGUUCCAAUAAAGUGGUGAUGCUGUGCGUCCUCCACUCUGACGCUGGCGGUGGCAAGACUGUCACCUUCGUGGACGCAGAGGAAGGCUCCAAUUCCCCAGCGGCACAAGACUCGGAAUAUUUGCCGGAUGCUGCACCAUUGCCGGAUGCCGAGUCUCUGGCAAGCGCCAAGUCGCCGGCAGCCACUGAGGCGUUGCCAAGCGCCGAGUCCGCAACACACGAGUCGUCCGAUCCGCCGGCGGUCUAAAGCAUCAUUCACACUGACGGUUGCGGAAUUAAGUUUCGAGGUGGAGGCCCGCACAGACGAUACACAAUGCUGCAACGGAGAGUAGUGUUCCUCGUCAAUGAGUGCCUUGCUUCAACGAAAUGGCGAACCUGAUGAGGUAGCGGGAGCACUUAUUAGCAGGUUCAACAUUUCCAUCGCCAAUUUCUUUAGAUAAACUCUCGCUCUAGUUCGCAGACGCAGCAGGAGAACCGAAUUCUUCGUGCGUAUAUUCCCUGCGUUUAUUGAUUUUGAGGCAAUUAACCGCUUCGUAACGUCUCUGCCGUGUCUGCAAACGUCAUUGUGAAUGAAGCCGCGCUCGCUGUCAGUACAAAAAGGCAAAAAAGGUUAGUUCGCUCGACUUUAGAAGGCCCGGUUGCACUGUCGAAGCUCACCUUAAAAGUAAGGAUUUAUGAAAUGUAUGCUCGUAGCCGCACACGUGCAACAGCAGAGCUAAGCCUCGAGAAGUGUGGAACAUGGUGAGUUUAGCCAAGUCCCGUCCAGAUAUAAUUCGAUCAGAGGUGAUUGAGUGCCUGCCAAACCUGCGGCUAACCUUAGGUCAUUGUUCAGUGGCGCUUGUGCAACUGGUCCUGAGUGAUUCCAAUGGUCUAACUUGUCCACUGAAAACUUGCUCCUGUAUGUGCCUGUGGGCGUUGGUGGAGCACUUUGAGCGGGGUAUAGUAUGCAGGUGUAAGUACGAAGGAAAAAUUUGGCUUGAGCGUUCGCUGUUGGAGCAAAAUCUUGACGCGAUUUGACCAUUGGAAUUUGCCAUGAAAGGCACGUCCCACCGUGCGAUUGUAGUACAAAGGCAGUUUUUACAUCUUCUGGUAGCCUCACGUCCGCGCAGAUAGAUCGAUGCUUGAGAGAAACCAUUUCUGUGUUUCUUGCAUGACGCGCCUCUCUAGGCUAACAAACUGGAAAACGAAGGCUCAUGUACAUGAUCAAAAGACAAUAGUUGUGUAAUGGCCGACGCGGGCGCAUUCGUUAGAUCCUGAUAGGCCAAAACUCGACGUUUAACGCAAGUCUUGGUGCUCUUCAAGAUUUACCACAGCAUACCAGCUUUUUGUAGUUCUAUACCGACUUUUUUGUUCAUAGAUUCGAGUUCGACAACGUUCUAGUAAGGGCAAUUCCACGGACGAGCCCUUGACAGAAUAUGACGUUUUGGCACUAGUGAUCUUUGACUCUGAUACGCACUGAACAAUCUGGGCAAAUCAAAUGCGAAGGUGAAGGAGGAUGUUAACGUUCAACUUUCUUUGCUUCAAAAUCUUGCGCCUCUGACAAGCUCGUAUACUCUGCAAGCGCUUCCGAACAAGUCACAUUUGCUCAAAGUAACUGCCAUAUCGCUUCCAACUUAAAGGCAUAUAGUACGUACCACUCCACACCUUCUUACCCGUUCGUUCAUGGCGUACUGAACAUCUGAUCGCCUAAAGAAGGCGCAGCAUUGCCCUACCACUAGCACUGCCCCACUGAUAUUGCACGUACGUUCCGUGAAGACCGUCGAAGGACUCCUUCGCCAAUAGAAUUUGCAGGAUUAAUUCAGUGCAUAAAUGACAUCAUUCGGUCUCAUGUGGAGUUGGGAACAUGUCGCUUGCGCUUAGACUGCAUGUUUUUUUACUGUGCUUGUUUUUUAUACAUAUAUCCUUUAACCGGGGGACGUUUAGCAAAUUCUCGAUGUCAUACUUGGCCCUGUUGGGUGCAUAUGCAAAACAGCACGAACGGUGCACAGUUUUCGACCCUGUGUCAAGUGCAGGAGCAGUGCGCUCUCGAGUCCGUUUGGCAUCCUCUAGUGCCUGUGUAUUCGUAUCGAGGAACCCUUGCGUCGUCCACCGGAGACCGCCGCUAAUCGAGACAGCGUGCCUCUGAGUUUCUGUAGGUGCCACCGAUACAGGAACCUCUCAUUGUACACUGCUUUGCGCAGCUUUCACUUAUCGGUGCCUCCAAGAGAGCCAGUUGCCAGACUGUGAAAUGAAAGCAUAUCGCCAGUGCAGCGGCAAGGUGCUCAGUAGAUCGAGAAGCCCCGAGUAGUGGCACC